CCAGGGACGUGGUUGCUGUAUUUGCCGUGCACCUGGAGCAUAGGCCUGGCCGCAGAGCCGGGUUGUCUUCCGGACUGCUAUAUGCUGUCCUUGUUUGGGGCUGGAGCGGUUCUGAUGCGCGGAGCGGGCUGCACGAUCAACGACAUGUGGGAUCAGGACUAUGACAAAAAGGUUGCAAGGACAGCGAGUAGACCCUUAGCAGCUGGAGAUAUCUCUACUUUUCAGUCCUUCGUUUUUCUUGGGGGGCAACUUAGCUUGGCUCUUUGUGUGCUUCUGUGUCUGAACUACUACAGUAUAGCGCUGGGAGCAGCCUCCUUGUCUCUUGUGAUCACCUAUCCUUUGAUGAAGAGAAUAACAUAUUGGCCACAGUUAGUUUUGGGACUUGCGUUUAACUGGGGAGCCCUGCUUGGGUGGUCGGCCAUCAAAGGGUCGUGCGAGUGGUCUGUGUGUUUGCCCCUGUACGUGGGUGGCGUUAUGUGGACGCUGGUAUAUGAUACCAUAUACGCUCAUCAGGAUAAGAGGGAUGACAUCCUUAUUGGUGUGAAGUCAACAGCCUUACAGUUCCAAGAAGAUACAAAGCAGUGGCUCAGUGGCUUCAGUGCGGCAAUGCUCGUGGCUUUGUGCAUGGCAGGAAUGAAUUGUAACCAGACUUUCCCUUAUUACUCAGCUGUGGCAGCUGUAGGGGCUCACUUAGCACACCAGAUUUACACUUUGGAUAUAGAUAAACCUGAAGACUGUUGGAAGAAGUUUACUUCAAAUCGUACAGUAGGAGUUCUGCUCUUCGUAGGGAUUGUGCUUGGAAAUCUUUGGAAGAGAGAAGACUCAAAAAAGAAAGAAGAGCCUUUAGAAAACAGGUAGGUGAAACUACUAUAAAUGCU